AUGAAAAGAAAUCAAACUGUUCAACGGUUCUAAAAAAAGAAACAAUGGUGUCUUACAAAACUCUAGUGGGUCUCUUGGCUGUGCUCUUCUGUGCACAAGCCGUUUGUGGUAUUACCAUCAUUUCUAAAUCGGAAUGGGGUGGCAGAGCUGCAACUAGCAAAUCCAACUUAGCAAAUGGUUUGGCCUAUGCUGUUAUCCAUCACACCGCUGACGUCUACUGCACUACCAAGUCUGCUUGCAUCACCAACUUGAAAUCUAUGCAAAACUACCACAUGAACACUUUGGGUUGGGCUGAUAUUGGCUAUAACUUCUUGAUCGGUGGUGAUGGCAACAUUUAUGAAGGUCGUGGUUGGAAUGUACUUGGUGCUCAUGCCACUAACUGGAACUCAAAGAGUAUUGGGAUCUCAUUCAUGGGCAACUACAACAAUAACAAACCAACUGCUGCUCAAAUUUCUGCCGCUAAGAGCUUGUUGUCUUAUGCCGUUUCUAAGGGCCAAAUUUCAUCUAGCUACAUUUUGUACGGUCAUCGUCAAGUCGGUUCUACUGAAUGUCCUGGUACUAACUUGUACAAUGAAAUCAAAACUUGGGCCAACUGGAGAGCCUAAGUUUAGUUUGAAAUUACUUUCAUUGAGAAUUUUAAAUAAAAGUAUAGUUUUCUAAUAUA